AUGAAUUUGCCGAACUCUGGAUGCCUCCUGGCGGGUGCACAAGGCCUGGCGUUGGCGACUCGGCACACACCUGGGAGCUUUCUGUGCAAACAUAGAGUGACGUGCUCAAUAGAGCCAAGGAAGCAUGAUGCUUACAUGGGGACGCUCACUAAUUAUGCGUCGCAUAAUAUAAUUGCGGACGCAGCCGAUCAUAACCAAGAUGGUGGGUGGGAGACACACCAGCACGGCGAUGAUACCAACAAUCGCUUCGGAGGUGAUUUCCAUGUUCUGUCCAGUCAGCUUUCGGUGAGGCAAGGGAGAUCGGCAGUCUUCCGUCACCUCGCGAUUCUUUCCCGACCUUUGGCUCGACCUUUGAUUCCGUCUAGGGGUGUCUCUCAGUCUAUGACAGGCACUCUACACAUUCAUAAUGUUCCCCAGGGUUGA